UCGGUUGUCAGACACAUUUUCAUAAAUCUCUCCCACCCUUAAAACCUAGUUCUAUCAGAUAAAUGUGAGCAAAUGAAAGGUUUCUAUCUAGAAGACUAAUAUCGUUUUCUCUUUUGGCCAAGCCAUGUGUAUAAAGUUGGGCCAAGUUAAAAGUUUUCCAUUAUAAAGUUUUUAGAGGUGUGUGCUUGGGCAGCGAUUUGAAUGAUCGGCGUUGCCGAUGCCAUGGUAACUCCCGGACAACAAGCUGUCAGAUGAUAGGCAAACUUUUGAUCAAUAACAGGUGACUACAUCACGAGAGAGAAAGAGAGAAAGAGAGAGAGAGAAUUGUGGUAAAUUGUCCUAGUAGUAGAAGCCUUUUCUUCAACUGUAUUGGUGAGAGCUUUCAAAGUUGUUGUAAAUAUUAGUUGAUUGUAUACAUAUAUAGAGUAGCAAAGUAUAGAAGAAAAGUGGCCCUAGGGGUGGAAAUAACUAUAACUGUGGUACGAUGGUAGUGGCAGUGCUUAAAGAAGAGGGCAAUGGAUGGAAUUUCGUCAGCGAGAAUUCGAAGUCAGUCAGUCGGCGUUCGCCAGUCACGCCGGCUCAUUUUAAUUCCAUAUAUCUAUUAAUUCAUUCAUCUUUCUCUCAACAUUUAUUUUCCAAACCGUGACAAAAUUUGCGCUUUUGGAAGGUGUUUUUGUUUUUGAAGAAUGUCAGCACAACGAAGACCCUCGGGUCCAAUUAGACAACUUUCACUUCAACAGCAUCAUCCACGUCGUCAACAAAUACGACGGCAAAGAUCAGCGGACGAUGAGAAACCACUUCAAAUUUAUUCGAAUUCAAUUAGAACGAAAUUUUGCCCAAGUCCAAAAUCAGAUAAUGAUCGUCCAAAAAUUCGUAUCGCAUGGGGUGAGCAAAGAUCAAAAUCAACUGAGAAUCAAGUUGAAAUAGUAGCACGUCAAAUUCCAAGUAAAUCACGUCCACCAACUGCCAGAAAUUUAAAAAUCUCCCGUCCUUUAAUUACCGAAAAGGCAACAAUUCUCUAUUCACGUCAGGAACUCGCUGAAAGAUUACGCCUUGCCUGGAAACAAAGAGAAGCAAAUAAAUCAAAUAUCGAUAUUUUUCUCGCUCACAAUACAGUUGAGGAGCGAAGUGAUUCACAACUUUCAUACACCACAACACCAUCCACUCCAAUUUCAAUUCCAAAUACAAAUUCAAAUCAUGAUGAAAUUAAUUCAAAAAAUUCUGAAAAUGAAAAAAUAGAAAUACAAUUAAAUGAAACUGAAAUUAAAAAUGAAGAAGAAGAAGAGGAAGAGGAAGAAAGUGAUCAACAAAUGGAAGAAGAUCAAAUAAUCAGCUAUGGAAAAUCAUGUUUCAAUUACAAACAAGAAAGUUUAAAAAUUUCCAGCUAUCAAACAUCAAAUCGAAAUAAAAAUUCAAAUGAAAAUUUAAAAGACGAAAACGAUUCAAUAAAUGAAGAAAAAUUGAAUUCACCAACAAUUGAAAAGAAAAAAUCAUGCAUCAAUAUCGAUUGGAAUAUCACUGGUGAUGAAAUUCAAGAAUUAAAAUUACCAUCCUCAAGCAAAGAAGAAGAAGUAAUUUCUUCGGCAAAAUUAAAACGCGCUAGUUUUCAAAGUGGACUUAAUAAAGCAUUUGUUGGUCCAAUUAUUGAAAAAACAAUGACAUUAAAGGUAGCCGAAAAAUCAAAAUUUCGAAGAACAAAUUCAGCACCACCAAUACGUCGACCAAUGAGUGUUUCAUCAAAUAGAAAUCAAAUUAACAUUGUCAUUGAUUCACCGCCAAUAAUAAAAAAUGAAUUAAACGAAAGAAAAGAUAUUUUAAAUGUUCUGACAAAUGAUAAUAAUGAGCCAUCAAUAAAGAAUGCAAUUUCACAUCGUCCAAUAAAAUCAGCGCCAAUAAAACGUCGUACAAAAAGUGGUAAAAGACGAGGACUCACAAUUGGUUCAAAGAAUGAUAAUGAUAAUCAUGAUAAUAGACGUCGUGGAAAAGCAUUUUUAGAAAAUAGAAUAACCGAUAUUGUCACAAUGGUUUCAUUGAUAAGCUCAGCUGACAGUGAUAGCGAUGUUGAUGAAAAUUCACUCAGGGAUGAUAAAUUAAUACACGAAUUGAGAAAUAAGCUACCAACCACAUCGAUUAUCAAAUCUUCUACAAAUCCUGCCAUUACGAAUAAUAGGAGACCAAUAAAAUCUGAAAAUAUUUCUCUUUUAGUUUCUUUUCAACAAGAUUCAUUUGACGAUGAUUCAACAAAAAAUGAACCAAUAAAGGAAGAGAAAAAUAUUCUUUUGAUUCGAUCAAAUCAAUCAUCAUCAAUUAAUCGAGGAAAUAGUAGAUCUCCAACUCCAGAAGAAACAAUAACAACAACAACAACCUGGAAAACAGAAAUUUCAAAAUUAGUGCCUUCACUUCCUUCAUUAAUACAAGAAAAUGAAAUAAAUAUUCCAUUAACUGAUCGUGAGAAAAGAUGUUUGGUUGUACCAAUUAGUGAUUUAAGGGACAAAAAACGAAAACUUUUACGAACAAAAAGUACACCACCAAAACCUGGAGAAAUGAUAAUAACAUCAAAGAUAGAAUCGAAUUCUUCCAGACAUUUACAAAAUGAAAAUACACAACAGCCGAUUAUUUUAAUAGAAAAUCCCAUUAAGAUAGCUAUAAAUCAUGUAAAUACAACACCGGAAAUAUCUGUAUCAAAUGAAAUUCCCGAAGAACCACCUUGUCAAACUGCUAAGGAAAAAGAAUGUUGGCAUCUUUAUCGUCGCAUGUGUGACAAAGGAGUCUACGUUUCUUUCGAUACAGUUCUAAGAGGAAUGUUGACACCGACAGAAUAUCGAUUACGUCAAAAGCAAAUCUCUCAAAAUUGUUGAAAGCUGUCUUUCUGUUACAUAUCAACUGGAGAAUUUACCUCAAAAAAUCAAAUUUGAACUUAAAACCUUUAUGCAAAAACCUGUUAUAUAAUAAUUAGAGCACAAAAGUUUAUUUUCGAGAAAAUUUAUUUUAGAACAGUAAGACAAUGAAAAUAUAAUCUAAGCGUUAAUUUUUAUUUUUUUUUUUGAAAUUAUAUAAAAAUUUAAUUUAGAAAAAACUUAAUAGAUUUUAAGAUAAAUAACGCACAUUGUAGCAAAAUUGAAGAAACGAAAUCAUAAUUUAUGAUUUCAUUGCCUUUUUCUGAAUACUUAGAUGGUAUUCAAACUAUAUAUCAAUAUAAAAUACAACAACUGCCU